AUGAGCAUUCAAGUGCACUUUAAUGAUAUCAACUUAUCAGUCAUAUCUAUUCUGAGGCCGAAGCUUUGGAUUUUUGCCAAUUCGAUAGUACAACUUCUAUAUGACUCAAUUGGAGAUGAAGAACAACACCGCGAUUCCUCCGGAAGCAGCGAAGAUAACACAGAUAGAGAUGAUGAUGACGACGACGAUGAGGAUGUUGACGAGGAUGAGACCACGUCAGGAAUCAAAGACAUCGGGGUCCAUUUUGCAAAGUUGAGCACAGAUUUUAACGGAUCAAGCCGGAAACCUGUCGACAACUCGAGCAAGCCACAGUCACACCCACAUUCUGCAAAAUUUCCUUCCAUUGAAGGACAAGAAGAAGCGCCAGAAGACUACUUUUUCCACGUUGCAUUGACGCCGACUGAGUGCACAAUCGUUUGCUCUACAAAUUUGUCCCUCAGGUUUUUUGAUCAACCAUUAAAGAUGUGCCAAGAACUAGAUUACACUGAUGUCGAAAUUCUACCGCAGCAAUACUUGAGCUUGAUUGUAGAUUCUGAUGGGGGAUAUGACAGAUCUAGUAGGAUCUUGGAAUUGACUAAGCCACUAUCGGAAAAUGACAUAUCGUUAUUGUACAUCUCCUCACACUUUAACGACAUAGUUUUGAUUCCAUCCGAGUUGAAAGAAAGGGUUGAACGUAUAUUGAUUCUGAAACAUUUUGUCUUUUCAGAAUCGUCAAACAGUUUUAUAUCUACGUAUGAUAUGGAUAAGCAAGAGCAACCGGCCUUGUCAGAAUUACAUAAGAAGACCUUUGAAUUGUUAGCAAGAGAAGAUAUUCAUCCUCAAAUUCAUGAAAAGAACAAGGUAUUACUAACAGGAGCUAGACCGGGAGAGAUAAAGUAUUGUAUCUUGAAAACGAUUAAAUUAAUCUCGUUAGCAAGCACCUUACAGCCGUCAUACUUUGCAAUUACCAGAACAUUCUCCAAUGAAUUAAGUUUAAUAUUACCAAAAUCACACAAAUUGAGAUCUAAAUAUGGAUAUAAAUCAACAAGUACCAUCGGAUCAUCUCAAGACGUAUUAGUGCCCAUUGCAAUGGACUUGUCAAAACUUCCAUUAAAUUGUACAGGUGUCGUAGCCGGAUUGGCAAACAAAUUGAUUAUAACAGGAGGAAAUGUACUUGAAAUUGGAUAUUUGUCAAUGGCAAAGUCGGGUAUAAUAUUGAUACCUAACGAGGAUUUAGAUUUGGCGAGGAACACCUUGAGUGAGCUUUGA